AUGUCAUCAAUAAAUAAAACAAGGGAAGUGAGUGACAAAGAAGUCACAAAAAUACUCGGCGUACUCGGGACGUCUGUAAACAGAAAUGGAUACUGGACUAGGACCUGUCGAAAACUGAAAGAACUCAUCGAGAAAGAAUAUAUCACCGAUAAGACACAAGAACAAUAUGAGGGUAUAGUCGCGGAUUUGCUGAAAGUUAUCGACGAAAGGGAGAAUGUUAUAAGUAAAUUGGAAUUGAUUGAGAAGCUCCAGAUAUACAAAAAAUGUGAAUUCAAAAAGAAGUACGAAGAUCAAGAAAAGGUGUUGAGGGAAUUGUCGGGGGUGCUCAGCGAAGACCCUUUUGUAUUUGGGAAGUCUGUUUCACAAAUGAUCGAAGACAUUGACAAAAGGGUUAAAGAAGUUACAAAAGCAAAAGAAGAAGAAAGGGUGGCUAAGUUUGAAGAUUUCUUUCAUAAGAAGAUUGACUUGUUAAACGAUGAAUUAAUGAAUAAUGUGGUCAAGAGAAAGUGGGCGGAUACAACACUCCAACCGUUACUCAAAAAGUGUGAAAAAGAGAACAUGGUACUCACAAAAGAAGAACUUGAAGUUAUUCAAAAACUGGAGAACAUUAAAAAAUUGAAAUCAAGUGAAGAAGAAAAGACUGAUUAUGACAAACAGAUCGAUAAAUGGAAUGCAGCAGAAAUUCGUAUAAACAAGUAA